GUGCUUCCUCCCCGAGUGCCUUCAUUCUGCAGGAUGCACAAGGAGGACCUUGUACUUGGGCUCAUUUUCUCACAAGACGUGCUGGAAAGAAACCUCUUGAGAUGAGCCACACCACAGACUUUCAGAAGCUUCCGUGCUGGAGAAACAGGAACCAAAGACGGUCAGAGCGAGGUAUCCAGGCCUUCACUGUGAAGAAUUCGGUAAACAUAGAGAGGCUCGAUGCAAGAAAGAUGAAGAUGGAAGAAGUAGAACUCACUGAGAACAUCGGGCUGCCGGUGAAUCUGCUUGAGAAACACGACCCGUGGCCGGCCUAUGUCACUUACACCUCCCCGGUGGUGAAGAGGCUCAUUGAGAAGAGCAAGGCCAGAGAGCUGGAGUGCUUGCAGACAGUGGAGGAGAGUCGGCGGGUGGGCAAGCAGAGCAAGCCAGCCAGCCUCAUCCAGCUGAAGAGGAGAAAGUCCUCCAAGUCCUCGGGCACCGCCACCUUCAAGGACCUGAGGUCCGAGACCAUGCUGUCUGUGUGGGGCCCCCUCUCCAUGUCGGCCACGGGGCCCCCGAGGGUCCCAGAGACCCUCCACCUGCACUCGGACUCCAGGGCGAGUCCCACCGCCAGCUACAACAAGAUCAUCUUUGCCCGGGCACCCACCGUGAGGACGCUCCCUUACACGGCCGGGCGGCCAUCGGAAAUGUUUUGCCUCUAGCCAGAGUCCCCGCAGCUGACCCGCGAGCUUGUAUGGCAAUUAAGCGCCGUUUGCCACACAUUGUGUGGCGGCCCUUGCAUUGAAACUCUCCCCUGCUGGUGCAGAGGUUGGCUGAGAUCAGCCCCAAGGGAUGGGGGCCAUGGGUGGGCGGGUGCACCCCCUCUGGCAGUGCAGUUAAGUGGGCCUGGGAAUGCCAGGCUCCAGUUCCUGGUGUAGACGCUUAGGACCUAGCUGGGGGUGAAUCAGUUCUGGUCCAGGCAGCAGACAGAAACCACACCAGAGAUUCUUUCUAUUAAUAGAAAGCCCUAAGCAGUGGCCCUAAGCAGGCCACUGAAAAGAUAGGAAAAGGGUUCAGAGGGUGUGGAUGGAGAGGCAUCUGCAGGAAGCAGCCUGGGGCAUGCACCCAGGGAAGAUGCAAAUAUAUUAAGUUAGACGCUUGGUGACGGGCAGGUGGGCUGAUCUCUGAUUCCUGAGGUGGGCUAACGAAUGCUUCUCAGCAGACGCUGGUGUCCUGAGCUCAGAGGACAGCCCUGUGGGGUGGCACCCCUGCCUCUUGGCUCAUGGACCCCCCAAGCUUGGUUCCAAGAGUGUUGGGGAAACCCAAGAGGGACUCAGAUGUUUCUGGAAGGAGUUGACACCACCCAAGUGAAUGAGUAUUGCUGAGGACAGGAAGCCAGCAGGAACCAAACCUGGAGCAAGUCCCUUCUUCCUCCUCCAGCCUUGACGCUCCCUCUGGCUCUCCCAAUAGGCAGAGCUUAACCAAGAGGGAAGUAGAAAUGUGAUUUGCAGCAACUCAAACCCUGCCUCUUGAAGUAGAGUGUGAAAGGAUGGACUUGCAGCCAGGGAAUUAAGCUUGAGUCCCUGCCCAGUGGGUUCCAAGAGAUCCCACCUUGCUGUCCUACUUGGUUCCUGAACCUGUAUUGGGAGGUUUCUUCCUUGGGGGGUGCUUACAAAGCGGCCAUGGGGGUCCAAGUGCCUGCUGCUGAGAGAUGGGGAAUUUCUGUCCCCUGAACUUCUCUGAGGCUUGUGGAGCAGAGCUGGCGGGGAGACAGCUCCGGCUGGACCCCAGCUGUGCUUUGUCAGACAGCUGGAAUUGGUCCACCCAUGCUCGGGCUAUUCCCAGCUGGCCUCAGAGCAAACGAUGCUGUCCUCAGUCUGCAGGCAGACACACUAUGUGUUUAGUCACAGAGGGGACCCAGUGUGACAGACAGACCACCCAGUCUCAGGUUUGGGGCUCCUCCACUGAGUGUGGCUUCGCUGAUUGCGUCUCUCUUCUUUGCCUCACCCAAGUGUCUGUGCUUGUGUAAGUGAAACGGUUAAUACCCACCCAGCUUGUCACAGAGACACAGAAGAUGCAAUGAGUUAGUUGUUGGAAAAGAUGGAAGCUGCGCUGUGAAUGUGCCCUCUCCACCCAGGAGCCCUGCAGAAACACUUGGCUGCACUCUGGCUGCCGUGAGCUGUGUAGAGAGUUGCACAAGUUAGGAGCUCCAGAUCCAUUCCUGGGUCCGAAGCUCUUGGCCAGAAUGAAUUCUUACAAAAAUAAUGUGAUUUACAGUGAAUCCGAAUGACUGUCUUUUGGGUCCACGGAACAUUUACAGACAUGGAGGCAGAUGAUAAAUUCCCAACAAAAAAUUUUCUUUUCUCUAUCCCUUUAUGGGAGUUUACAGCUAGAGUAUACUUGGGAAGUGAUGGAUUAUAGAUUUUCAUUGUGUCAGUGUUUGCAGGGGUUUGGGCUGAUUUCUUUCCAUUCCUUUGAAGGCAGAGUUGUUACAUAGUGUUCUGUUUUGUUUUUGGUGGCUGUUGCUUUUUAAAUUUCUAGGUGUUUCACAGUUUUUACAAACAUAUACUCUCUAAAUUAAUGGUUGUUUUAUAGAUAACAUUGCUUAGGUUAAUUUAAUUCUCAGUCUGUUAUACAAGCAGGCGCUAAGCACUCCAGCACCUUACGCUGUGAUGAGAAUGGCUUGUGUCUGUGGCUGCAUCCAGACGCAUUGCCUUCUGGGGCUGUUUUAAGAAAGAAAAACUCCUAAGUGCUUUGAAAGGGAGGAGUCUGUUCAAGGCCAAACUGGGUUCAUAGGUCCAGCCACUUCAAGGACUUGACCAUGUUGGUUUGAGGACAGAGGGGGCUGCCUGGAAGGGGUUCUCCUGGGGAGGCAGCUGAUGGACAAGUAGCUGGACCAGUGAUGAAGCCUCUGUCACUGGGGGAAGGAGGGUGACCCUGAGGUAUCGAAGCGGCUGUUGCUUAAAUUUGUCUCCAGGCCCAGAUGCCUGACUGCAUGGAGGUGGGGGCCCUGGAGAUGAACUCGUGCUUAACUCGUGGAGGACUCUUGCUAAAAUCCUGGGAGGCCCUGAAGUAACGACAAAAAGUGGGGGAGAGACUUCUUGAUGUCACAAGGCACCCAUGUGCAGGCUCCCCGCCUUGGGCGUGGACAUGAAGCUGUGGGCCUGUAGAGCCCAGUGGAUGCUUGGCGGGACUGGACUGGCUUUGUUAAUGAAGCUGGGAGACUUCCCGGUGCUCCGAGGGCCCGCAAGCAGCCUUCCAGCGGCCUGGAGUCGGCCCAGCAGGCGGGGCUUGGAGUGGAAUGUGGAUUCUUCCGAGUGCAACCUCAGCCGCCUUCUGAUUGGAGGGCCUGGGGGAGCUCAGGUUCCUCUGGAUGUGCUGGACUCAGCCCUGGGAGUCCACAGCCUGUAGCUGCCGCCUCUUUAUCUCCACAGCAUCUGGAAAGUUCUGUCUGGCAGGGGAGCUGUUUCAUCUCCCCACUCUGGUUGGUGUGUGAAACACCAGAGUGUAUCUUUUGUUAGCCCUUCUGUGCUGCUCUGUAACUAAGGACCCCUCUGCCUCUGACACGUUGAGUAGCUGUUUUUGAGCAAAUUCUCUGGCUCCCGUGCACGAUAUGGUUUUUUUUCUGUUUGCAGA